UUAUUAUUGAAACGCGGCUAAUGGAGUACCUGAAAGCAUUUAGAACAUUAGAGUGCACUUAUGAGAAAGCUCCUGAGAUCUUCUGUGCUAAGUAUGACCAACUCAGGAGUGAAGAGAUGAAGGAGGUAUACUCACAGAUCUACAAGCCGAGUGAUGACACUUACCUACUUAUUGAUGCUAUUUAUGCAGACCUGGAUAAUCUUGUGAAAUCUUCACCUUCACGGUGUCUUGAGAUCGGACCUGGCAGCGGUCUUGUAACUACAACUGUUGCUCUUUUGUUACAGAAAAAUUAUGAAGAGGUUUACAAAAAUAUGAAAUUUUAUACACUCGAUGUAAACGAGAAAGCUUCAGAAGCAACAUUGUUCACAUUUGCUCAAUGUAAUGACCUCCCUGAAUCUAAGAUUGAGACUAUCACUGGAAGUUUUAAUGAUUAUAACAACAAAGAAGAUGAAAAGUCUCCAGAUUUACAGACAGACAUUUUGAUCUUCAAUCCUCCAUAUGUACCUUGAACAGAUGAAGAGAUGGAGGAAGCCUUAGAGAAGAAGGAUGUCUCAGCAGCUUGGGCCGGAGGUUACGGAGGAAGAGAGGUCAUUGAUAAGUUGAUACCUAAGGUCAGAGACUUCCUCUCUCCUACAGGGAUCUUCUACUUUCUUCUUAUUGAAGAUAAUGACAUCUACGACAUAACUAAAAGUAUCAUCGAAGCUGCUAACGAAGGACUCCUAGAAGAUCAGCCAAAGCUGACCUUUGAGCCCAUCAUGAAGCGGGAAUGAUUAGGUGAGAGACAGGUCAUAAUCAAGUUCUAUUUUGAGUAA